AUGGCCCCUCCUCCGCCCACCGCGCAGCCCCUAGGGCAGCGGCUGGCAGCUCUCGCCCAGACUCUGCAGUUCGCAUGGUUCGUCGGGCACGUCACUCUGCUCCUCUCCACUCUGCGAUAUGGCUUGUCCUAUAUCCUGUUCAAUUUCUCGUCGCGAUGGGCCAAGGUCUCUUAUCGCCUCGCCUUCAUCUCAGCCGCCGCUACCUACGGCAUUGUCGUUUACAAGGCAUACCGCGCACGCGUGAGGCAAGGAAAGCAAGGUGGACUUGUGUCAAUGGCUACGGACGAGAAUGUCCAGUAUCUUGGCAUGGCCCUCGUUUGGCUCUUCUCGCGCCAGAUUCCUCUAGCUAUUCUGCCGUUCGCAGUCUACUCCAUCUUCCAUGUCGCGACCUACACACGCGCCAAUCUCCUCCCGACUCUCCAAGCCGCCCCAGCUGGCGUCUCCCCGGGCAAGCCCAAGCCGUCUGGCAUCUCCGAGACUAUUGGCAAGUUUGUCAAGGAGUAUUAUGAUGGCAGCAUGACGCUCGUCGCCAUCCUUGAAAUCGCCCUCUGGUUCCGCGUGCUCGGCUCUGCGCUGCUGUUCCAGAAGGGCAGCUGGAUCUUGAUCGGCAUCUACACCGUCUUCUUCCGUGCCCGCUAUGCUCAGAGCACUUUCGUCCAGGGCGCCAUCUCGCAACUUACGGCCCGCGCGGAUGCGCAAUUGGCAAAUCAGAGCACUCCACCGGCCGUGAGGCAGGGCUGGGAGACCUUCAAGGCCAUUGUGCGCCAAGCUGCGGACGCUACCGAUAUCCGCAAGUACGUUGGUGGUCAGACUGGUGGCCCGGGUCCCAAGAAGGCUCAGUAG